UUGAGCUAUGUUUUUUCGUUUUCUCAGGUGGUCAGAAGAAGAAGAAAAUGUUCUUCUUCAGUGGUGCGAUGGAUCAGAAUCCGUGGUAGUGGCAAUAAAGAAACUGAUCGUGAUGAAGGCGAAAAGCCCAGUCAAGAGAACGAGCAAACAGAAGAGUCAACCAGCACGGAAGAGAAGCCGGAAAAGCCCAAGGUGGACCCAGCUUUGCUCCGGAAACUACGGAUCUAUGUGCUCAUAGUCGGUGGAUUGUCUUUUGUUAUGUCUUUCAUAGCUCUUUCACAAAUGGCUACUGGUCAAGCCGAAACGGCAGGAGUACAAAGCGAAUACUUGACAAGGCAAGGAAUUGACAUGGGUACCUUCUUAGCAAAGUACAUCAGAGCCGGAGAGGUGAGAAGAAUAAUAUUCUGUCCCGAUUAUGCUCGGGCUGUGGCUUUCCUACAUACUGGAGCUGUUAUUGACGGCAGAAAGGUUCACGAACCGGUUGUUGUAGUCGCCUAUCCGCACAGCGCUCAACAGUUCUGGGCAGAUGUGCGGAAAGAGGAAGAAGAUAUGGGAAUUUCAGUAUCAGACGGGGUCCCCAUGGACAUGUACAGAGGCAUGACUGUCGUCAGGAUGAUCGAGUUGGCUGUUGGUGUGCUCAUACUUGCCUGGUUAAUUACACAAUAUGGCCGUUUAAUUUCGCGGAGAAUAAUGGCCAACAGGCAGAAAAAAAGCGGUGGCUACGUUUUCUUCGUAUUUGAGGAUUGUUACAUCUUCACCGAGCUUGCCAAUAUGACAGACGUUAUGCGUGAUAUGAUCGCGCAGCUGAUGGGACGUCAAAAAGAAGACGAAGAUGUACAAAUACCUAUUCGUUCCAGGACCACACCGCGCAGACUCGACUUCCUACAAACCACCACACAUCUAAAACAGUCUAUGCACGUGAAGCCAUAUAACUAA